UCUAAGAUUUUGUAAAAAGACAGAAGAAAAGAGAGAGAGUGACAAGCAGCAACAUAAGAAGAAAAUGGCGGCGAAAAAUGCUUCAGCACAAGGAUUUAGUAAAGAAGAAAAAGAAAACAUGGCAGUAUGGCUUGUUGGUCCUAGAACCCUCCAAAUUCAGCCUUACAACCUUCCCUCUCUUGGGCCUGAAGAUGCAAGAAUCAGAAUCAAAGCUGUAGGGAUUUGUGGAACUGAUGUUCACUUCUUCAAGGAGUUGAAAAUGGGCAAUUACAUAGUAAAAAAGCCAAUAGUCCCCGGCCAUGAGUGCGCCGGAAUAGUCGAGGAAGUAGGGGCCGGCGUCAAGCACCUGUCGCCGGGCGACCGUGUGGCCAUCGAGCCGUCAAUAGGGUGCUGGCAGUGCCACACCUGCCGCCAGGGAAGGUACAACAUCUGCCCCGAGCUGAAGUUCUUUUCCCUGCCCCCGGUCAACGGCGCCCUCGCCAACUAUGUCGUCCAUCCCGCCAAAAAUUGUUUCAAACUCUCCGACACAUUGACCUUUGAGGAAGGUGCACUGUGUGAGCCCCUCAGCUGUGCAAUACACGCUUGCCGACGCGCCAACAUAAGCGUCGAGACCAAUGUAUUGGUAGUUGGGGCUGGCCCGAUCGGGCUCCUCACAAUGCUUGCGGCUCGGGCUUUCGGAUCCCCAAGAAUCUUGGUCCUCGACAUAGAGGAUUCCCACUUGGAAGUGGCUAAGAAGCUCGGGGCCGAUGGCGUUAUCAAGGUUUCGAUAAAUAUUGAUGAGGUGGAAAAAGAAGUAGAGAAAAUUAAGGUUGCCAUGGAUGGAAAGAUCGACGUAAGUUUCGAUUGUGUGGGGCUUAGCAAGACGAUGUUGACAUCACUACAAGCCACGUCAUCAGGUGGAAAGGUUUGCCUUAUCGGAUUAGGGCACGCCAAUAUGUCUGCACCUUUAACCGGCAAUGUGGCCGCAAGGGAGGUGGAUCUUGUGGGAACAUUCUGCUACACGAACACGUGGCCAUUGGCGAUCGAGCUUAUAAGGAGCGGGAAGAUAGACGUGAAGGCGUUGAUCACACACAGAUUUGGGUUCUCCCAAAAGGAGGCUCAAGAAGCUUUCGAGACCAGUGCAGACGAUGGCAAUGCAAUCAAGGUCAUGUUCAAUCUCUAACAUGAAACCAGAUUAAAUGACAAACCAGGUGGCUUCUCUCCCCUCUUCAAUAAAACUGCUGUUGUAUCAAUAAACUUUUUAUAUACACUGCCUUUUUGGACUCCUAAUAUAUACUUCAUUGUGUCACAAUUUCUACAUCAAAUAAGAUCUAAGCAUAAUACCUUAUGUGGUUUAAAUUU